ACCGCCUCCCUUCUCCUUCGCGCAUUCACCAUAAAUACCUUCUUCAUCCCCAUCUCCCCCUCCACCGUCACAAACCAGAGGCACAAAACCGCAGCAGGCGCAUACCACCGCAACACCCAGACAAACCCCAAGAAAUCACUAGCCGCGCCUCCCUCCGCCAAAAUGCUGGCCGCCGCCGCCGCCGCCUCCGUGAAGUUCUCCCCGGCGUCCGCCGGUACCGGUACCACAACCAAGUUGGCCUUCAAGCCUGUCCACCUCCCUCCCCUCCCCAACGCCGUCCGUCGUCCCCUCUCCCUCUCGGCGCGGCCUCUGUACCGCCAGGAGCCGUUCCUGGCGGCGACCCGCAACGACCGUGCCGCGUCAAUGGCGCCCCCUGCAGCCACCGCGGAUGGCGCGCGGCCGGUGGAGACGGCGGCCGCGCCGGAGGCCGCGAAGAGCGCCAAGAUCGGGGUCUACUUCGCCACGUGGUGGGCGCUGAACGUGAUCUUCAACAUAUACAACAAGAAGGUGCUGAAUGCGUUCCCGUACCCGUGGCUCACGUCGACCUUGUCCCUGGCCGCCGGCUCCGCCAUCAUGCUCGUGUCCUGGGCCACCAGGAUCGCCGAGGCGCCCCAGACGGACCUCGAUUUCUGGAAGGCUCUCUCUCCGGUGGCGAUUGCGCACACGAUCGGGCACGUGGCGGCGACGGUGAGCAUGGCGAAGGUGGCCGUGUCGUUCACGCACAUCAUCAAGAGCGCGGAGCCGGCCUUCAGCGUGCUCGUCUCGAGGUUCUUCCUCGGCGAGCACUUCCCGUUGCCGGUUUACUUCUCCCUCCUCCCGAUCAUAGGUGGAUGCGCUCUCGCCGCCGUCACCGAGCUCAAUUUCAACAUGAUUGGAUUCAUGGGGGCGAUGAUCUCCAACCUGGCUUUCGUGUUCCGUAACAUAUUCUCCAAGAAGGGGAUGAAGGGCAAGUCGGUGAGCGGGAUGAACUACUAUGCCUGCCUCUCCAUGCUGUCCCUGGUGAUCCUCCUCCCUUUCGCCUUCGCCAUGGAGGGCCCCAAGGUGUGGGCUGCAGGCUGGCAGAAUGCAGUCGCCGAGAUCGGUCCCAACUUCGUCUGGUGGGUGGCGGCGCAGAGCGUGUUCUACCACCUGUACAACCAGGUGUCGUACAUGUCGCUGGACGAGAUCUCGCCGCUGACAUUCAGCGUGGGCAACACCAUGAAGCGUAUCUCGGUCAUCGUCGCGUCCAUCAUCAUCUUCCGCACGCCGGUGCAGCCCGUCAACGCGCUCGGGGCGGCCAUCGCCAUCCUCGGAACCUUCAUCUACUCCCAGGCAAAGCAGUAAUGGAAAUCAUCGAAACGAUGUCUCUUCCGACGAGAGUCGGCCCGGCGUUCGGACAUUAUAUGUUGUUGAGCAUAUAUAUAUCUAAUUAAGAAACCCCUUGUAAUAUAUAUUAGGAAUCUUGUUCUUCUUUUUUCUUUUCUUUUUCUAGGUUUAGCCGCGGAUAUCUCUGAAUUCUUCGUUUGUUGUUCCGUGACCAUGGUGCUGAUGAUGUAGAGAGGUGAAUGAAUCAAUCCAAAUAAAGUUGCCAGGAAUUUUUGGCCCCGA